CUAAGCCCUGCCCACGCUCCCUGUCCUGUCGCCCAGGCUCGCCCCUGCUGGGAGUCUAACUUUGAAUCCUGCUAGCUCGGGCGCGCCCAGUCUAAGAUUCCAGGCGCUGGGCGCUGGGUGGUCUCUGCUCGCCGGCUUGGCCCUGAGAUUGCCACCGGUUCUGCGCGUUCUCCCGUUGGGUUUGGCGCUUUCUCCCUGCUUAGAGAGAGCACCACCGUGCUGUGCGGCAGUCCCUGGACGCAGACAAUGGAGGCGGCGCUGGCAGUGACCCGGCUGCCCCCACACGACCCGAGGACGCCAGCACUGUCGGUGGUGGACAUGCACACAGGCGGCGAGCCUCUGCGCAUCGUGCACGCCGGGUGUCCGGAGGUGGCAGGGCCCACGUUGCUGGCCAAGCGUCGCUACAUGCGUCAACACCUCGACUACAUCCGGCGGCGGCUCGUGUUCGAGCCCCGCGGCCACCGGGACAUGUACGGGGCCAUCCUGGUGCCCAGUGAGCUUCCAGACGCGCACCUAGGCGUCCUGUUCUUGCACAACGAAGGCUACAGCUCCAUGUGCGGUCACGCGGUGCUAGCGCUGGGUCGCUUCGCGCUCGACUUCGGACUGGUGCCCGCUCCCCCAGAAGGCUCCCGGGAGGCCCAGGUCAACAUCCACUGCCCGUGUGGUCUGGUGACCGCCUUCGUGGAGUGUGAAGGUGGCCGCAGUUGCGGCCCUGUGCGCUUCCACAGCGUCCCAGCCUUUGUCCUGGCCUCAGACCUCACAGUGGAUGUUCCUGGCCAUGGAAAGGUGCUGGUGGACAUUGCAUAUGGUGGGGCAUUUUAUGCAUUUGUUAGUGCAGAAAAAUUAGGACUUGAUGUGUGUUCUGCGAAGACGAGGGACCUUGUGGAUGCGGCGAGCGCAUUGACAGGAGCCGUGAAAGCACAGUUUAAAAUCAACCAUCCUGAGAGUGAAGACCUUGGUUUUUUGUAUGGAUCCAUCUUGACGGAUGGAAAAGAUGCUUAUAGUGAGGAAGCCACCACCAACAUCUGCGUGUUUGCCGAUGAACAGGUUGACAGAAGCCCCACCGGCUCGGGAGUGACAGCCAGAAUUGCUCUGCAGUAUCAUAAGGGGCUCCUGCAGCUGAACCAGACCAGAGCCUUCAAAAGCAGCGCAACUGGCUCCGUGUUCACAGGCUGUGCCGUGAGGGAAGCAAAGUGUGGAGAUUUCAAAGCUGUCAUAGUGGAAGUUGCAGGACAAGCUCAUUACACAGGGACAGCAAACUUGACAGUAGAAGAUGGUGACCCACUAAGGGAUGGCUUUCUUCUCAAGUGACUUUUUUUUUCCAUAUGUUUUAAAGGUUUUGCUUAGAAAGUAAUUACCUGGGCUGGUGAGAUGGCUCAGUGGGUAAGAGCACCGGACUGCUCUUCCGAAGGUCUGAAGUUCAAAUCCCA